CUUUGAACUCCUUUUGUAAUUAAGCAACACAUCACAAUAUCUCGCCAUGGUCAAAGCCGUUAAAGGUGUUGUUGUUGAAUGCGAUACCUCUGUCAAGCAGAUCAUUUUGGGACUGAAUGAAAAAGGCAAAUUCAUUAUCGAAGAUCUGGAUGACACCCACGUUUUUGUCGAUGCAUCAUGCAUCGAGCAACUCCGGUUCGAUAUUGAUGAAAUUUUGAACGAAAAUACGUAUAAUGUUGAGGAAUCCAAGUAGAAGGAAGAAUUAAAUAGAAAAAUAGGAAAGAUAUAUAUAUAUAUAUAAUCUCAUAUACACUUUCGAUUCUUGAUCUUUUGAGGCAGGUGCAUGAAAGAAAAAAGCUGCAUCUAUGUCGCUUCACACGCCAUAAACUCAUUUUUCUGAGAAUGGCAGGCUUCUGGAAAUCCAUGCCAUUGUUAGCCAUAUAUAUAUAUCCAUGCUUCCGACUAGCAGAGAGAAAAAAGUAUAGUGGGUGCUAUAUCUGAGAUGUUGCAUAGACAAACCCG